AUGCAUCUAUGUUUAUUUACAUCAAUAAUUCGCUCAGUGUCACUUUCUUCCUGUAAUUCAUUCACAGAUAUUUCUUUUGUCAUUUUUCGUCUUUCGAUAUUUCAUUCACUUACUUUUUUUUUCUUUAUUUCUUUAACGUUUUCAUGGCUCUUGAAAUUUAUUCCUGGAAUUUUUCAUGACUCGUUUAUGUCACCCUCUUCAAAUCUAUCUCUACUUUCUCCUUCUUUUCCCCUUCCGUUCUCUUUCUUUACUCUUACUUCUCUUUCAUUACUCUUUUUUUUUUUUUUCUCCCUUUUUUCUCUUUCUUUGCUUUCCUCCUUUUUUCUUUGCUCUCUUUUUCCUCCUCUUUUUUUUCUUUGCUCUCUCUCUUUUUCUUGCUCUUUCUUUUGCUUUCUUUUCUCUUUCUUUGCCUCUUUUUUUUUCUUUUCUUUGCUUUCUCUUUUUUCUUUGCCUUUUUUUACUCUUUCUUCUUUUUUUUUUUCUUUGCCUUUUCUUUUCUUUUCUCUUUCUUUUUUCUUUUUUUUUUCUUUUCUCUUUUUCUUUUGCUUUCUGCCUCCUCUUUUUCUUUGCUCUCUCUGCCUCCUCUUUUUCUUUUCUCUUUCUUUGCUUUCUCUUUUUCUUUUCUCUUUCUUUGCUUUCUCUUUUUCUUUGCUCUCUCUGCCUCCUCUUUUUCUUUUCUCUUUCUUUGCUUUCUCUUUUUCUUUUCUCUUUCUUUGCUUUCUCUUUUUCUUUCUUGCCUCUCUUUUCUUCCCUCUCUCCCUCCUCUUUUCUUUUCUCUUUCUUUUUUUCUUUUUUCUCUUUUUUGCUUUUUUUUUCUUUCUUUUUCUUUUCUCUUUUUCUUUCUUUUCUCUUUCCUCUUUUCUUUGCUCUCUCUCCUCCUUUUUUCUUUUCUCUUUCUUUUUUUUCUCUUUUCUUUUUCUUUUUCCCGUUUCUUUCUUUUGCUUGUCUCUUUUUCUUUGCCUUUUUUCUUUUCUCUUUUUUUUUCUUUUUCUCUUUCUUUUCUUUGCUUUCUCUUUUUUUUUCUCUUUCUUUCUCUUUUUCUUUUGUCUCUCUUUUCCUCUUUUUCAUUUUCUUUUCCUCCUUUUUCUUUUCUCUUUCUUUGCUUUCUUUUUUUUUCUCUUUCUUUGCUUUUUCUUUUUCUUUUCUUUCUUUGCCUCCUCUUUUUUUUUUUUUUCUCUCUGCCUCCUCUUUUUCUUUUCUCUUCUUUGCUUUUCUUUUCUUUUCUCUUUCUUUUUUCUUUUUCUUUCUCUUUCUUUUUUCUUUUUUCUUUGCCUCCUCUUUCUUUCUCCUCCUUUUUCUUUUCUCUUUCUUUGCUUUCUCUUUUUUUUUUGCCUCCUCUUUUCUUUGCUUUUCUCUGCCUUUCUUUUUUUUCUCUGCUUUCCUCUUUUUUCUUUGCUCUCUUUUUCUUUUCUUUUUUGCUUUCUUUUCUCUUUCUUUGCUUUCUCUUUUUUUUUCUCUUUCUUUGCUUUCUUUUUUCUUCUUUUCUUUUCUUUCUCUUUUUUUUUCUUUUUCUUUCUCUUCCUUUUUCUUUGCUCUCUCUGCCUCCUCUUUUCUUUUCUCUUUCUUUCUUUUCUCUUUUCUUUCUUUCUUUCUUUUUUUUCUUUCUGCUCUCUGCCUCCUCUUUUCUUUUUCUUUUCCCCUUUUUUCUUUGCUUUCUCUUUUUCUUUUCUUUUCUUUCUUUUCUUUUUUUCUUUGCUCUCUUUUCUCCUCUUUUCUUUUUUCUUUUCUCUUUCUUUGUUUUCUUUUUUUCUUUUCUCUUUCUUUCUUUCUUUCUUUUCUUUUCUUUUUCUUUCUCUUUCUUUUCUCUUUCUUUGCUUUUCCUUUUUUCUUUGCUCUCUGCCUCCUUCUCUUUGCUCUUUCUUUUUUUCUUUUUCUUUCUCUUUCUUUCUCUUUUUCUUUUUCUUUUCUUUCUCUUUUUUCUUUUCCUCUUUUCUUUCUUUCUUUCAGCUCUCUCUGCCUCUCUUUUCUUUUCUCUUUCUUUUUUCUUUUCUCUUUCUUUUUUCUUUCUUUUCUUUUGCUUUCUCUUUUUCUUUGCUCUUUCUUUCUUUCUCUUUUUUGUUUUCUCUUUCUUUCUUUCUUUCUCUUUUCUCUCUCUUUAAUUUAUCUUUUUCUUUUUCUCUUUCCUCCUUUUUUUCUCUUUCUUUGCUUUCUUUUUUUUUUUCUUCUCUUUCUUUUUUCUUUUCUCUUUCUUUCUCUUUUUUUUUUGCUUUUCUCCUUUUUUCUUUGCUCUUUCUCUUUUUUCUUUUCUCUUUCUUUGCUUUCUCUUUUCUUUUCUCUUUCUUUGCUUUCUCUUUUCUUUUCUGCCUUUCUCUUUUUUUCUCUCUCUCUGCCUCCUCUUUUCUUUUUCUCUUUCUUUCCUCUCUUUUUUUUUCUUUCUUUGCUUUUCUCUUUUUUUGGUUCUCUUUCCUCUUUUUCUUUGCUCUCUCUUUUCUCUUUUUCUUUUUCUUGCUCUCUUUCUUUUUGUCUUUCUCUUUUCUUUUCUUUAAAUCUUUCUUUGCCUCUCUUUUUCUUUUUCUCUUUGCCCCUUUCUUUUUUCUUUUGCUCUUUCUUUCUUUUUUUCUUUUUUUCUCUUUUCUCUCUUUCUUUCCUCUUUUUCUUUUCUUUCUCUUUUUUCUUUCUUUUUUUUUCUCUUUCUCCUUCUUUUCUUUUUUCUUUGCUUUCUUCCUUUCCUUUCUCUUUCUUUCUUUUUCUUUUUUCUUUUCUUUCUUUCCUUUUUCUUUCUUUUGCUUUCUUUUUUCUUUGCUCUCUCUGCCUUUUUUUUUUUUCUCUCUCUUUCUUUUCUUUUCUUUCUUUUCCUUUCUUUCUUUCUUUUCUCUUUCUUUGCUUUCUCUUUUCUUUCUCUUUUUUUUUCUCUUUUCUUUUCUCUUUUCUUCCUCUUUUCUUUUUUCUUUUCUUUUUUUUUUUCUUUUCUCUUUCUUUGCCUUCUCUUUUUCUUUGCUCUCUCUGCCUCCUUUCUUUUUUUUUUCUUUCUCUCUUCCUCUUUUUUUUUUCUUUCUUUUCUUUUUCUUUUUCUUUUUCUUUCUUUCUUUCCUUCUUUUUCUUUUUCUCUUUCCUCCUCUUUUCUUUGCUCUCUCUGCCUUCUCUUUUUUCUUUUUUCUCUUUCCUUUCCUUUUUUCUUUUCUUUCUUUUCUUUCUUUUUCUUCUUUCUCUCUUUCCUUUCUUUUCUUUUGCUCUCUCUUUUCUUUUCUUUCUCUUUCUUUCUUUCUUUUCUUUGCUUUCUCUUUCCUCCUCUUUUCUUUCUUUUGCUCUCUCUGCCUCCUCUUUUUUUUUUUCUCUUUCUUUGCUUUCUCUUUUCUUUUCUCUUUCUUUUUUCUUUUCUUUUUUUUGCUCUCUCUUCCUCCUUUUUUUUUCCUCUUGUUCUUUCUCCUCUUUUUCUUUUUCUUUCCUUUUCUUUCUUUCUUUUUUCUUUUCUUUCUUUCUUUCUCUUUUUUCUUUGCUCUCUCUGCCUCCUCUUUUCUUUUUCUCUUUCUGCCUCCUUUUUUUUUUUUUUCUUUUUUUUUUUCUCUCUUUCUUUCUUUUCUUUGCUUUCUCUUUUCUUUGCUCUCUCUGCCUCCUUUUUUCUUUGCUCUCUUUGCCUUUCCUCUUUUUUUUCUCUUUCUUUGCUUUCUCUUUUUCUUUUCUCUUUCUUUCUUUCUUUUCUUUCUUUCUGCCUCCUCUUUUUCUUUGCUCUCUCUUUCUCCUCUUUUCUUUUCUCUUUCUUUUUUCUUUUUUCUUUUCUCUUUCUUUGCUUUCUCUUUUCUUUCUUUCUCUCUUUCCUCUUUUUUCUUUUCUCUUUCUUUUUCUUUCUCUUUCUCUCUCCUCUCUUUCUUUCUUUCUUUUUCUUUCUCUCUUUUCUUUCUUUUUUUUUUCUUUCUUUGCUUUCUUUCUUUUUUCUUUUCUUUUUAUUUUUUUUUUCUUUUCUUUUUUCUUUUCUCUUUUUUUUUUGCUCUCUCUUUUUUUUCUUUGCUCUCUCCUACCUUUUCUUUUCUUUUUCUUUCUUUUCUUUCUCUUUUUUUUCUUUCUUUCUUUCUUUCUUUUCUUUUCUUUUUCUUUCUCUUUUCUUUCCUCUCUUUUUCUUUUCUUUCUUUUUCUUUCUUUUCUUUUCUUUUUCUUUUCUUUGCUUUUCUUUUCUUUCUCUUUUCUUUCUUUGCUCUCUUCUGCCUCCUCUUUUUCUUUUGCUCUCUCUUUCUUUUUCUUUCUUUCUUUCUUUCUUUUCUUUUUCUUUUCUUUCUUUUUCUUUUUUUUUCUCUCUCUUUUUUUUCUUUUCUCUUUCUUUGCUUUCUCUUUUUCUUUCUUUUUUCUUUCUUUCUUUUUUUCUUUCUUUCUCUUAAUUUCUUUUUCUUUGCUCUUUCUUUGCUUUCCUUUUUUCUUUUUCUUUCUUUUGCUUUCUCUUUUCUUUUCUUUUCUUUCUUUCUUUCUUUUCUCCCUUUUUCUUUGCUCUCUUUGCCUCCUCUUUUUUUUCUUUUCUCUUUCUUUCUUUCUCUUUUUUCUUUUCUUUCUUUUUUUUCUCUUUUUUUGCUUUCUCUUUUUCUCUUCCUUCCUCCUCUUUCUUUUCUCUUUCUUUCUUUCUUUUUUUUUGCUUUCUUUUCUUUCUUUUUCUUUGCUUUCUCUGCCUUUUUUUUUCUUUUUCUUUUCUUUUUCUUUUUCUUUUCUCUUUCUUUGCUUUCUCUUUUUUUUUUUUCUUUCUUUUCUUUCUUUUUUUUUUCUUUUUUUUCUUUUUUCUCUUCCCCUCUUUCUCUUUUUUUCUCUCUCUUUCUUUUCUUUUCUUUUUUCUUUCUUUCUUUCUUUUUUUUUCUCUUUCUUUUUUCUCUUUUCUCUCUCUUUUCUCCUCUCUUUUUUCUUUCUUUCUUUUCUUUAAUUCUUCUUUCUCUUUUCUUUUCUUUCUUUUUUAAAAAAAACUUCAUCUUCUUUUCUCCCAGCUUUGCUUUUUCUUUUCUUUCCUCUUCUUUCUUUGCCUCUUUCUUUUUUCUUUCUUUCUUUGCCUCCUUUUUUUUCUUUUUCUCUUUGCCUUCUUUUCUUUCUUUUUUUCUCUUUUCUUUCUUUCUUUCUUUCUUUCUUUUUUCUCUCUUUCUUUAA